UUAGCUACAAACAACCGAAAUACAUGCCUCCACGCAUUAUUUGGCAUGCUAUUCAUCCAGCUGCAAUAUGUACUGUUUGCGUUUCGCGAUAACUCCUGCAAUAGCAGAUUACAGCUUUAAGUGAGAUGGCCAUUUCAAAGUAAAACUAAGCAUGGGCAGCAAACGCCAGUAUGUAACAAAGUGCGAAGAUAUCUUUCACCCGUGUUGCAGCGCAAAGUAAAAGUACCGACGGAAACAAAGCUGGACAACACGCCAUAAUGGGAGAACAUCAUAUGUUGAUGUUUGUAGCUGUUAGUUUAUUAAUCGCACGUGCAGCCUGCCGUAAUCCACGAGGAUCGUUAAUGACUCGCAAACGACCAGCAUUGGACACUGAACAAGUUCUAGCUAGUGCACCGAGCAAAAUGUCUGCGCGCGAAAGUUCCGCCAGCCAUCAGGAGGGAAGUACUCGUCCGCCCGUAACCCACCUGCCAUCACCAGAAACAUCAUUUUCCGACCGUAAGCAGUACAGGUCUAUACUGCUAGCGAACGGUUUGCAUGCACUAUUGAUUGCCGAUCCAACGAGCCAAACGACAGCUCCGCCGCAGAAGGAUGGAGAGAACGGGCUCCGCCACACCGCCAGUAGUUCUGCAUCAUCCGACGCUGAAGAAACGAAUGAGCCGGACGAUGAUGAACGUUCACACAGUGAAACGAGUUUCGGUACUGCAUCUGACGAUGAGGGCAGCAAUAGUGCUAAUGAAUCAAUAAUUAUGGAUGAGACCGAGGGCGAAAAACUGGCUGCCGCAGCUCUGUGCGUUGGUGUUGGUUCGUUCAACGAUCCCCGUAACAUACAAGGUCUGGCGCACUUUUUGGAACAUAUGAUUUUCAUGGGCAGCAAAAAGUAUCCCCGCGAAAAUGAAUACGAUUCGUACAUCAGUAAAUGUGGCGGCUUCGACAAUGCGGUAACGGAUUUGGAAGAAACCACUUUCUACUUCGAGAUUGACGAAGCCCAUCUAGAAGGGGCGUUGGACCGUUUUGCCAGCCUGUUCACCGAACCACUGAUGCUGCGCGAUUCCGUUUGCCGGGAACGUGAUGCAGUGGAGAGUGAAUUUCAAACGAACAAAAAUCGAUUUUCGUCAGCGCGUGAGCAGCUGGUCGCAUCACUCGGUCGCGACGAUCAUCCGAUUAGCCUGUUCUCGUGGGGCAACUUAGAAACGCUGAAGAAAAACAUUACCGACGAUGAGCUGUACUCGGAGCUGCACAACUUUCAGCGCCGUCACUAUUCGGCCCAUCGUAUGCAUUUUGCUGUGCAGGCGCGCAUGAGCCUGGACGAGCUGGAGGCACUGACGGUGAAGUAUUUUUCCGCCAUCCCGUCCAACUGGCUGCCGGCGGACAAUUUGUCAUCACGGUUCAACGAAACAAACGCCUUCCGAUCCGAGUACUACAACAAACUGUACGUUGUGAAGCCAAUUUCGGAUGUUUGCCAGCUUGACAUUACGUGGUGUCUGCCGCCCUGUGUGCGGGAUUACCACGUAAAGGCAAUUGAUUACCUGGCGUACGUUAUGGGCUACGAGGGGAAAAACAGUUUAACUAGCUACCUACGCAAGAAGUCAUUAGCGCUAGAUGUGCACACGGGUGCCAGCAAUGGGUUUGAGAAGAAUUCUCUUUACACCCUCUACACCGUAUCGAUAACGAUGACCGAUCAGGGUUUGGAAAAUGUGGAGGAAAUAUUAAGGGCCGUCUACGCGUUUGUUCGCUUGCUAAAGCGCGAAGGACCGGUCGAACGCAUUUUCAAAGAGCUGCAAGACCUCGAAGCGACCUCCUUCCGGUACCGCAAGGAAAAGGAAGCUAGUGACAACGUGGAAGAGCUAGUCAUUAACAUGCGGUACUACCCGCCGGAGCACAUAAUCACCGGGUCGGAACUGUACUUCAAGUAUGACCCAGCGGAAAUAUGGACGGUCAUAAACAACUUGAAUGAGCCACGGUUUAAUCUUAUGAUAUCGUCCACCAAACCGUUCCGAAACGUUACGUACAACCGCACGGAAACUUGGUUCGGAACGGAAUACGUCGAAUUGGAUGUUCCAGCGGAGUGGCAGCGGUUGUGGGAAACGGCUGAACCUAUGCCAGAAAUACGGCUUCAGGAAAAAAAUCAGUACAUUUCAACCAACUUCACCAUUCUAGCGGAUGAAGACGAUGGGCUUGAGAUUCCACCGUACCCGGAAAAGCUUCUGGACAAUGACAUGUGUGAAUUGUGGUUCCGGCAAGAUACCACGUUCCGACUUCCGUUAGCGUUAAUGUAUUUUUACAUUAUUUCCCCAUUGCCGUUCAACGAUCCGAGGAGCUCAGCGUUGGCCGGGUUCUUUAUAUCGAUGGUGCGAUUUCAACUGGCGGAAGAACUGUACCCCGCGGAAGUGGCGGGACUAACGUACGAACUGUAUGCCGCUGAGAAAGGGCUGGUGCUGAAAGUUGAGGGGUACAAUGAAAAAUUGCCCAUCGUAGCGGACGAGAUUUCGGCCAUGAUGGGUCGAUUCUCGGAGAUGUUUAGCGAGAGCGUGUUUGAUGUGAUCAAGGUAAAGCUGGAGAAGGCAUACUUCAACGAUCUGAUGAAGCCGAAUAAGCUAAACAGAGAUUUUCGUCUCAAGCUAGUGCAAUUAAACCACUGGACAACGUUGGAAAAGUUCGAGUACAUAAAAAACUUCACUGCCGACGAUGUGCGCCACUUUGGAAAAGCUUUGUUCAGUGGUUUCAAAAUCCAAGCCCUGGUUCAAGGCAAUCUGUGCAAAGAAGUGGCCCAACAAGUGAUGCACAAAGUGUUAAGCAAUCUUAACGGAUCACCGAUACAAGAUCUUAAAAGCAUUGAACCGAAAACGCGCGAGAUUCCUAUCGGGGAUUACUAUCUGCGAAUUUCCAAUUUCCGGGAGCAGGAUGUGAACAGUGUAACUACCACGUUCUAUCAAGCAGGCCCGGUGACACCAUUCCUGCACGCAUCCUUAGAGCUGCUAGUUUCACUACUGGAGGAACCAUUGUUUGAUGUGCUGCGCACGAAAGAGCAGCUGGGCUACGAUGUGUCCACUACGCUGCGCGACAACGCCGGCAUAUUGGGAUUUUCGAUAACGGUACACUCACAGGAAAACAAGUUCAGCUACCAUCACAUCGAUGAACGGAUUGAGCUAUUCAAUCAGCAUUUCUGGCAGGUACUGCAGGACAUGACGGACAAAGAUUUUGAGUUGGUGAAAACAUCGUUAAAGCACCGCAAGCAGGUCGUCGAUACGGAGCUGAAGAAUGAAGCUUCGCGCCAUUGGGGUGAAAUCACCACCGAGGAGUACAUUUUCAACCGCAACAAGCUCGAGGUUGAGCAAAUCGAAAAGCUCUCCAAAUCGGAUGUUUCGCAGCUGUUUCAUCGCCUGGUGUUGGAUUCCGCCAGCAGAAGAAAACUUUGCGUACAGGUUAUUGGGAACGAUGAGAAAACAGUGGAAGCCAACGCCACAUUACCACCAACCGCCAGCAAGCAGCAGGAUGCAUAUGAUGGUACGAGUUUCCGCCUAAAGUACGUUCCGCCGCAAACGGAGUUGGAUAGCAACAAGCAGCAUAUCGAUGAUAUCGCGACCUUUGCAGCGCAGCUAAAAGUGCUCUCAAUGGUUAAAAUUGAUUUUAAUGCUGCGAAUUGAAAAGCAGUCCAACAAAAUGAGUGCGUGCGGUGAUCCUUCAUCAUACCAUCUCGCGUUGUGGCUUUAUUUGGUACUUUGUUUUUGUUGCUUUUCGGCUUGCUGUCGACGGUGUUGUUGGAUGAAAUUGUUAAAAUUGAUCUCCUCCGCUUCGUCGUCACCUAUGAGGUGUGUAAAGAGAUAAAGAAAUAUAUUGAAACACAGAAACAUAAAUAAAGAGGAAUUGAUAAAAAAAAAA